AUGGGCGCACCAAGUCUUGUAGGAGCAUGGGACUACGUGCAAAGGAAUCUGAACUUCUUCAGGAUUCAUCUCAUCAUCUUUACAAUCACCCCCCUUCUAUCCUCGUUAAUCCUGUACCUCUCGAACGGAGAGAACAGGAUAUCGUACAUUGACGCACUCUUCAACUGCGUCAGUGCGAUGAGUGUCUGUGGUUUGGCAACCAUAGAUCUCAGCUCGUUGACACCAUGGCAGCAGGUGAUCCUGUUUCUGCAAAUACGAUACUUCGUCAAGAAGUUCCAGCACAUCAUAAAAGCCGCUUCCGUUAAUAGCCAGAUACGACGCGCCAACCUACCUCGCCAACGGACACAUUCAUAUAUUCCAUGGCCACUCUCGCUGUUUCGGGAUAGAAAGAACAAACCCAUCGUGGUCGCUCCUCCAGAUCCCAUGGUAAAGCUUGACGCACCACCCAAACGACCGGGCAUCCUGACCAAAAGCCAACAAAUCGCUCAAGCCCACUCAGCAAGGCCCUCAAGCCUCCGAAGUCGAAGACUCUCAGAUCCAGGCGUCUUUCCAUCUAUUCACGGUAUACACCUCUGCUCCGCAACUGUGGAGCAUUACGCUGAGUCGAUGAUAGACACCUUACAACGUGCCGAAACGCACGCGAAGGACACUCACUUCGGAGGAUUUCCAUCCCCUUUUGUUCUCCUUCAGCGACUCAUCACUUACCUCCGUCAGAGAUACGCCUCGCCACGAAGCCUGCCAACCCUCUCAUCCUCCGCCAUUAAUUCCAAUAACCUCAAAUUCGAUGACUUCAUGCCGCCGCUUCCUCCGAUAGAUGAUAAAGGCGCGUUCAAGCUGGGCGAUCCCCCAUCAGCUCCAGUUUCAUACGUCUCAUUUCCACCUAUCAUCGGGAGAAACUCCAUGUUCCACUUGUUGACGGAGGAGCAGCUUGAAGAAUUGGGAGGGGUUGAGUAUCGCGCUCUGACUGCAUUGUUGUGGAUAAUCGCCUUUUAUCAUAUCGGUGUGCAACUGGUUGCGUUCAUCAUGAUGGCGCCGUACAUGUCUAUUGGCCAAUUUAGCAGCUCUUUCGUGCCUCCGCAGCUCCACAAGCGGGUCUCACCCACUUGGUUUAGCUUGUUCCUUUCAGCGUCGGCCUAUACGAACACGGGAUUCUCCCUUGUAGAUCAAUCCAUGGUCCCAUUCCAACGGGCAUAUCUAACCGUCAUCGUCGUGAUAUUCCUUAUCCUUGCUGGCAACACUGCUUUCCCCAUUUUCCUCAGAUUCUCUAUAUGGUGUCUCAGUCAGACUGUCCCAGCUGGCUCGCAGACUCACGAAACCAUGCGCUUCCUCCUCGACCAUCCUCGUAGAUGCUACAUCUACCUCUUUCCUUCUCAUCAAACGUGGUUUCUCCUCACAAUCGUGGUAUCCCUCACAAUAACGGACUGGGUCUUCUUCCUUGUUCUUGAUAUUGGGAACGGCGCUAUUUCGAGCAUCCCGGUGGGCACUCGGAUUCUUGUCGGCGCUUUGCAAGCUGUUUCUGUACGUGCGGCCGGGUUCGCAGCAGUGUCAUUGUUGGCGCUUGCCCCUGCCGUGAAAGUUCUGUAUCUCAUCAUGAUGUAUGUCAGCUUAAGUAUCCGCGCCACAAACGUCUAUGAAGAACAAUCUCUCGGUAUCUUCGAAGGGGAAGAAGAUGGGGAAUUCCAUUUUCAGCCUGUUGGAUCGAGGGCAACUGUCUGGAGUCAAUACUUAUCCCUCCAUGCGCGAAGACUGCUCGCCUUCGAUAUGUGGUGGUUGGCCUUCGCGUUGUUCCUGCUUUGCAUCAUUGAGCGUGCAAAUCUGAACGACGAGAACGCACCUUGGUUCAAUACGUUCACGUUGAUGUUUGAUCUGGUGUCUGCAUAUGGUUCGGUCGGUAUGAGUUUAGGGAUCCCAACAGAAAAUUACUCCUUAUCGGGUGCUCUUCGGCCGUUGUCAAAAUUGAUCGUCUGCAUUGUCAUGCUUCGGGGUCGUCACCGCUCUCUGCCUGUUGCAAUCGACAGAGCCAUCAUGCUCCCAGCGGAGUUUGAGCGACAUCACGUUGAUGAGAAGGGUGGGAUGAGUGGGUUUUCCCCGCGUUCGCCCUUGGUGGCAAUUGUCAUACUUGGCCGGGAGGCCGGGUCGUGGGCCCAACAGCGCUGA